UCAUCGAAGAAGUAGUAGUAUUUGGUCAAGUUGUAAAGCGCUUUGUAUUGCUUUAGUUACUAUGGAGACAGUUGGUUAGGUAGCUACGGUAAUGUUAGCUUGUUGGCCGUUAAAUUCCCACACACAGGACCGAGGAUCACAAAAAUUUUCACAAUGAAAAAGGGGGUUACCCAGAGGACCUCACCCAGGAGAGGAGCCAAAGUAAGCUUAAGGAUACAGAGUCUGGGCUCACCACUGUUGGACCCUUACAGCCUUACUCCACACCGGACAACCCACUCCAAGAUGGACAGUAAUCACCAGUUAGACAUUACUGACGCGAAUGAAGAUUGGCUACUCGCAGAGACUGUGGCCAUUGAAGGUAGAGAAGGACGAGUCUGGUCAAAACAUUCAGAUGAAGAGAGUAUCCAGGGAAUCAGAUAUAUCACAGAGGACCUGAUCUCGAGGCUGACCAAGCAGGACAAUUUAGCCUUUGUACGGUCCCUAAACCUGGCCGUAACAAAGAGUGGAGACAAGAAAUUCAAGUUCAUUGAGAAUUUGGAGAAGUGCGAGCACCUGCAGAUCCUCAACGUCAGCCAUAAUGUCAUUGAAAAAAUUGAGAAGCUCGAAAAGCUGCACAACUUGCGGGAACUACAUCUCUCUAACAACAUAAUCCAUAAAAUUGAGGGCCUAGAGCACAUGGCAAGUCUUCAGCUUUUAAAUCUUUCCAGCAAUGACAUUGAACAUGUGCCUCUAUGGCUGGCUAAGAAACUGAGAUCACUCCAGACUUUAAACCUUCAACGUAACAAGAUCUCUUCUCUGCAUGAGCUGUCCAGACUAAAGCCUCUGAAAAACCUAACAGAGCUGACUGUGGCAGAGAACCCUAUAGCCAAUCUCCCCCAUUACCGUCUCUUCCUGGUUUUCCACCUGAGGUCACUUGAGACACUGGACGGGCAGCCUAUCAGCCAGGAAGAGAGAGAGCAGGCCCCCCAGCGCUUUCAAAUGGAGGAGAUUGAGCGUCUGGAGCAGGACCUGGAGUGUCGUGUGGCAGAGAUCGGGAGGCUGCAGAGUGAGCAGGUGGCUGCAGUGAAGGAGCUUGAGCAGCAGGAGGAGAUCAUUGACCAACUGCAGCUAAAGAGCCUGCAGCAACAGCACUGCCAGGCCCAGCAGGAGCAGGAGCUGGACACCAAGACAGAGCUGCUGAAACAGAAAACGGUGGAGCUGACGCGAGCAUGCCAGAAGCAGUAUGAGCUGGAGCAGGAGUUAGCCUUUCAGAAGAUCGACGCCAAGUUUGAACCGUAUCCCUAUUACCCAGACCAUGAGUUGGAGGCAGAGAGCUUCCUGGAGGAAAGCCCUUACAUUGGAAAGGCACGACACAAGAGGAACGCGGUGGCUUCAGAUGGCAUCCAGAGUCAUCAGAUGCCAACUGCAGGCCACAUAGAGACAGACAACCCCAGGCAAGACGUGGCCAAGAUCAGCUCCAGAGACUGCAGCCAAGAACAGACUAAAGCCGAGGAGUGUCUGCAGCAGUUGCACAGGGAGAUCGAGGAGGCAGAGCAGCAGGUCCUCAGGGCCGGUGGAGAGCUUCGCCAGCUGCAGGAGACACUCUCCCAGAAACAGGUGUCCAAGGCAGAGAAAGAGCAACUAAGGCAGAAGCUCCACUGGAGGAUCCAGCAAGUGAGGCAGCUGAGAGAUGAGGCGGAGGCUCUGGAGGGCCAGCUGGAGAUACAGAGAGGGGAAAUGAACCGAACCCAGGGAGAGCUGGACCACCUCCAGGGCCUACUCAACACACUGGACCCCAGGGACCCCCAGCAUGCCCAUGUGAAGGUUCAGGUGUCCAGUAAGAGCCAGCUGCUGUACAUGAUGAGCAGGAAGCACCGGGAGCUGGAAGGCCGGCUGGACGACAUGCUCUCCCGUAUCGCCAAGGAGACCGAGGAGAUCAAGGACCUGGAGCAGCAGCUGACCGACGGUCAGAUAGCAGCCAACGAGGCUCUGAAGAGGGACCUGGAGGAUAUAAUCUCUGGCCUGCAGGAGUACCUGAGCGGGGUGAAGGAGCAGACCCGGCAUGCCCAGGCAGAAUGCCACCACCUGCAGAGGGAGAUGGAGGCCCUGCAGCGCUACCUGGAUGAGAGCCAGGAGCAGCGCCGCCUGCUGGAGACAAUCGCCACCGCCACUGAUACAGAGAAAACACAGCAGCAGCAGGAGCUGGACGCGCUGAGGAGGGAGAACGCUGAGCUGCGGCGGGUGCAGGGUCAGAUCAGCGCCUACGAAGCGGAGCUGGAGAGCCAGCUGCAGGAGCGCCACACUGAGGCGGGCCAGCUAAAGGAGGAGCUGGGGCGAAUUUGCAGGCUUAGCCAGUUGGAGCACGCUGCCCUGCAGGCGGCGCUGGACAAGGAAAGGCAGUCCAAGGACAAUGCCCAGGCCCAACUGCAGCUGGCUGCAGAGAGGGAGCAGCAGAGAGAGGAGCUCCUGGAACAGCUCACUGCUCUACAGGAGGACAAGGCCAGUCUGGAGGAGUGCGUGGGUGCUCUGCAGAGUUCUCUAAAGCAGGCCCGGGGAACAUUGCUAUGCCCACAGGAGGUGCAGAGGCAUCUUGAGCAGAUGAUCAGGACCAUCACCUCAGGGCAGCCUGGCCACAUCAGCAGGGUGCGCAGUGAAGGGGGCGUGGUGGGCCGCAACUUGGAGCGGCUGCAGCGUGAGGUGCUGGGAGUGGUGUCUGCUGCCCAAACAUACCGGGACCAAGCCCAGCAGGGCCAGGCUCGACUCAGUCAGGAGCUGGCCUCCCUCCGAGAGCAACACAAGGCAGCCUGCCAGGCUGCAGCACAGACCACGCAGGCAGCAAAGAAACUCGGUGAGGAGGAGAUACUCCAGCUCCGGCUGGAACUGCAGGAGGCUCGAGAGCUCCAGAAACUGACGGGCCAGCGGCUCCAGGAGGCUGAGGACGAGCGAGAGCUUUUGCUCGCUGAGCUGGAGGAACAAGACAAACAGAUUGAAGUGGGCGCGUGCCACACCCAGCAGCAGCUGCAGUCUCUGGACUUGGAGCUGCUGGAGCUAAGAAGCUACUUCACAACGGCAGACAAGAUGUCCGCCCAGCAGUUGAGAGCCACCAAAGAGAAGCUCCACUCCUUACACACCACCGUGGAGCAAAUCAACCAGGAGAGGGCUGAGGAUGCGGAGGAGCUGGAGGGGUCUAGGGUUCUAGCAGCCGAGAUCACUCAGAACCUGACCAAAGCCGAGGCUGAGAUUCAGCUGCUGCAAAAGCUACUGAAAAAGCUACUGAAGUACAGGAUGCAUUUGAUGGACCGAAAUAGCCUGGGGGGUAUUUCAGACAACAGCAUCCAACAGCAGGAGCUGGAUCGACUGAAAUGGGCCUUGACCAGAAAAGAGGCCCAGACUAAGCAACUGCGGGAGCAGCUCGCCCUGGCUAGAGAGAAGAACAGCGGGAACCUGGAGGAGCUUAUGGGGGAAGUGUGUGCUCUCAGGGAAAACCUGCUCCAGCAGAACCAGGUCUUAUCCAGACUCAGAGACCCUCACAGGACCAGGGGUCACUGGUACUAUGUCUCAUCAUCCACAAAUGCUCACAGUUUAGGUUCUCAGGGCUCUCAGGAUUCAGGUCUAGGGUUGCAGUAUCCUUCCUCGCCUGACAGGGGGCACCGCAACAGCAGACACAGGGGGGUCAGCAGGGAUAGAGGUCCCCAGCCUGGAGGGGGAUACUGGGUCUACUCCCCUCCGGUGCACACACCCUCACACACUUACAAAGGAAGAGGUGAGGCGAGGGACAGUGGUGGUGAGAGCGAUGUGGCAGACUGCAGCUCCUCUGGGAUGGGGACUGGGGAUCAAUUCAGCCAUCCCCCUGGCUCGGCCAUCUACACCAUGCUGCCCGACGGUUCGCCCCUGCCCCCUGGCUCUGUGAUCUAUGCCCCCCCUGCGGCCAGCCUGGCCGGGACGGUCAUCUACGGGUCUCCACCACAGGGGGCCCACCUGGUCUAUGGCCCCAGCAGCCUCUCUGGGCCCUGGCUCGGAGUCAGCCUCCCCACCGGGGUGCUCCACUGCAACAUGCCGGAGCACAAGGAGAUGGAGAGGGAGCUGGCCAGGCUUGAGCAGCUGGUGGAGGAACAGCCACGUGGCAGCCAGGGCCCAGGGGAGGAGGAGAGGCAGGCCCAUGUGGAGAGGGAUGUGCUCAGGCACCAGGAUCAGCGCACACAGCUCAGACUGGAGCUCAGAGAGCUCCGGAGAGCCUUAAGCCAACUUCGCCGCCGCAGAGAGAUGCUGGAGGGCCGAGGGGGGUCAGAGGUUGUGGAGGAGUCCCUGCGGCAUCACGGGGCUCUGCUGGAUGAGGUGGGAUGUUUGGAGAAGACCCUGCUCCGCCGCAGGGCUGAACUCAGGGAGGCAGACCGACUGCUGCUGGAGGCUCAGAGCAGCUUGAAGGACACAAGGACCAAGACCAAAGAGACUCUCCAGCAGCACACUGAGGCCCGGAAGCGGCUCGCCGACACAGAGCGGGAUCUGGAGGAGCUGGAACUCCGCACUCGGGACAGCGCCUCUUUGACGGUGGAGGCCAAACAGCAUCUCAGGGAUCUGCAGGAGGACCUCCAGGAGCUGAGGAGACGCAAGGAAGAGCAGGGAGACACUCUGCAGAGGGUGGAGGAGGUGGUGGCUGCCCGCGACCUGGUGUUCCAAGAGGUCAACAAGAAGGUGAAACGAGCCAGUGAGCGAUUGGCGGCCCUUCAGAGCCAGCUUCAGGAGACCCAGAGCAAGGAGGCCGCACUGCUGGAAACCUGCAAACAGUCUGAGAGCACCCUCGCCCAACACAGGAGCGAGCUAGAGCAACUCAACAUUCAGGUGCUGCGUGGGGAUGUAGAGGCGCUCUAUGUCCAGAAGGGUGAGUUGGAGGCCCAGCUGACUGAGAGGAGGGCCAGCGUGGCUGCACUCAAACAGCAGGGAGCUCAGGAGGAGGAGAUCCUACAAAGUGUCCACUUACAGAUCAACAAACACAAAGCAGAGCUGAAGCACGUUCUGGAGAUGUUGCAGAUGACGGGCCAGGAGCUGCAGGCAGUGAAGCUGCAGCACGACCAGCGCCUGGACCAGCUGGAGAGGAGUCAGGAGAGCCUGCAGCAGGUGCGCGUGGAGCUGCAGGCGCUGCAGCAGGAGGCAUCGCGCCAGAAGUCUGAGGGCGAGCGCCAGAGGAGGCUGGCAGAGCAGGACCGGACGGAGCUGAGAGAGGAGGCGCAGGGAGUCCGGGAGCAGGCGGAGGAGGCCGCCAGGGAGAGGAACAGGCUGGAGGAGCAAUGCCGGAACCUGGAGGCCAGACGGACACACCGGUGCUUGGAGGCGGCGGAGGACAGAGAGCGGGGUGCUGAGUCUGAGCUGGACAGGCUGCAUGCAGAGGUGGGCCAGCUGAGACAGGAGCAGAGACAGGCUCACACACACAGGCAGAAGAUGGAAAGAGACACGGCAAGCACUCAGCAACAGUUAUACCGGGAGUUUGAGAGCUUCAGUGGUCGGAAGGAGCAGGUGGAAGAGCAAAAACGGCAAUUAGAGAUGCUGGAGGAGGAGGUGCGAGUGUUGGUCAUGGUCCGGGACAGUGUGGCGCGGGAGGAGCAGGAGGCGAGGAAGCAGCUGGAGGAGGAUGAACGGAGAGCUGAGCAGCUGGAGUACAGGCUGAUGGAGCUGCACACUGACCUUGCUGAGAGGCAGACUCAACUACAAUGUGCGCGGGGGCUGCAAUGUGAGUCCAAAGAGCGUGAGGAGAGGCAGCGGCAGAGGCUCCAGGAACUGCAGGCCCAGAGCCAGGUUGAGGAGAGCUCUCUGGCCCAGCACACACUCAGACUGGAGCAGGUCAAUACUGCAGUGGCCGACAGGAGCCGGCGAGUAGUGACCAGGGACCACAGGCAGUGUGCCGUCCUGCAAGAGCACGUGGCUCUGCUUGGGCAGGAGCGGGCUGAGGAGCUGCUUACGCUGCAGGAGGAGCUGGGGGCGUGUCGGGCGGAGGUACAGUGUAUGCAGGAGGAGAGGAGGAGUGCCGAGAGCAGGCUGCAGGCCCAGAAGAGCUGCGAGCACGCCCACCAAGAGAAACUAAAGGAGACAGAGCAGCUGCGCAGUCAAGAGGAGGGGGGCGAGAGCCGCCUGAGGGAGAUCAAGAAAGCCAUGCGUUGGCUGAAGACUGACGUCAAGGCAGAGCUGAACAGUGGGAUGGUAGAGCUGCCCCUCGCCCCUGACCAAGACCCCUCCUCCUCAGACACUGACAACCACAAAGAGAACUACCCCCUCUACUCAACCCCAGCCGUGCCUAGGCCAGCCUGCAAUCCUACUGAUGAGCAGUGGAGGGGAGAGGUGCUAAGAGAGAGACUUCGACAGCAGGAGGACCUCCUGAAGGCUCAGCUGGGCAGACGCAUGUGGUCUCAGGAAGAGUUUCUGAGCCAGCGCAGGCAGCAGACCGAGGGGAGUCUACUGGGGCUGAGCAGACGAGUGGACAAGCUGGGCCAACUGCUCGGCAACUGCACCUCGGACUCCCUCUCUCUGAGCUCCUCUGAGCCCCCACUUAAACAAGGCUAUCCAGAUGCUCCAGAGAAAUGGCGUCUCCAGGAGAGUGCGCAGGCGGAGGUGUCCCACAAACCUGUGAGACUGGAUCCUACACUACUUGAGAAGUAGCCAGGCCCCAGGCUGAGUCCAGGCCUCUGACAGCCUCCCAGCCUCGGUGUAGGGUGAAGUUGCCCCUAGAUGCUGAUCUUGGGUCAUCGUUGCAUUUCCCCCACUAAUGGUUAAGGUUAGGAUUGGGGGAGGGAGGGAAGCUGAUACUAGAUCACUACCUAGGGGAAACUUCACCUUAGAGCGUGAACAGUCAUCAUGUCUGUUUGGUGUGGCAUGCCUAAACAUGACCCACCAUCACAGCAAUAUUUACCCAGGGUGAAGAGGAACAGUCUCUCAUCCAUCCAAAGUGCACUUGGCCUGUCAGCAGGAUCAUUAAGCAAGAUUAAAAAAAAUAUAUAUAAUAUAUUCAUAACUAUACAAGUAUAUAUAUGUGUGUGGCUUGUUGGGGCUACAGGUUAGCAAUGAACCCCGAGUCGGGAUUGCUAACAAGGCUGGAAAUUCAAAACAUCAAAAAUCUAAUAAUUUCAAUUUCUCAAACAAUCAACUAUUUUACACAAUUUAAAAGAUAAACAUCUCCUUAAUCUAACC